CGCGUCCCAGAAUCCAAGAUGGCGGGAUCCAGACGAAGGGGUUUCCAGGCCGGAGCUCGGCCGCUUUUCUGCGCCCUGCUGCUGUCGCUGAGUCGUUUCGUGGGGGGCGAGGGCGUGGGAGGCGAUCCCGCUGCCACUGGCGCCGCGGGCACCCCAGCCGCGCUGCCACAUCGCCGUUUCGAGUACAAAUACAGCUUCAAGGGGCCGCAUCUGGUGCAGAGCGACGGGACCGUGCCUUUCUGGGCCCACGCUGGGAAUGCUAUUCCAAGUUCAGAUCAAAUUCGAAUAGCACCAUCUUUAAAAAGCCAAAGAGGGUCAGUGUGGACAAAGACAAAAGCAGCUUUUGAGAACUGGGAAGUUGAGGUGACAUUUAGAGUGACUGGAAGAGGUCGAAUUGGAGCUGAUGGCUUAGCAAUUUGGUAUACGGAAAAUCAAGGCGUGGAGGGCCCUGUGUUUGGAUCAGCUGAUUUGUGGAAUGGUGUUGGAAUAUUUUUUGAUUCUUUUGACAAUGAUGGAAAGAAAAAUAAUCCUGCUAUAGUAAUUAUAGGCAACAAUGGACAAAUCCAUUAUGACCAUCAAAAUGAUGGUGUUAAUCAGGCUUUAGCAAGUUGCCAGAGGGACUUUCGUAAUAAACCCUAUCCUGUCCGGGCAAAGAUUAUAUAUUACCAGAAAACAUUGACAGUUAUGAUCAAUAAUGGCUUCACACCAGAUCAGAAUGAUUUUGAAUUUUGUGCCAAAGUGGAAAAUAUGAUUAUCCCCACACAAGGGCAUUUUGGAAUAUCUGCUGCAACUGGAGGUCUUGCAGAUGACCAUGAUGUCCUUUCUUUUCUGACUUUCCAAUUGACUGAGCCUGGAAAAGAGCUACCCACACCAGAUAAAGAAAUAUCAGAAAAAGAAAAGGAAAAGUAUCAGGAGGAAUUUGAGCACUUUCAACAAGAAUUGGAUAAAAAAAAAGAGGAAUUCCAGAAGGGUCACCCUGACCUUCAAGGGCAGCCUGCGGAUGAAAUAUUUGAGAGUGUGGGAGAUCGUGAGCUAAGACAAGUCUUUGAAGGACAGAAUCGUAUUCAUCUUGAAAUCAAGCAGCUGAACCGACAGUUAGAUAUGAUUCUUGAUGAACAGAGGAGAUAUGUCUCUUCCUUGACAGAGGAAAUCUCUAAAAGAGCAGUAGGUGUCCCAGGGCAGCAUGGACAGAUCACUCAGCAAGAACUGGAUACUGUUGUGAAAACUCAGCAUGAGAUUCUGAGACAAGUAAAUGAAAUGAAGAAUUCCAUGAGUGAAACUGUUAGACUGGUCAGUGGAAUACAGCAUCCUGGCUCUGUAGGAGGAGUCUAUGAGACAACACAGCACUUCAAUGACAUCAAAGAGCACCUGCACAUAGUAAAGAGGGAUAUCGAUAACUUAGUGCAGAGAAAUAUGCCAUCAAAUGAAAAACCGAAAUGCCCAGAACUACCACCAUUUCCAUCAUGUUUAUCUACGAUCCACUUUGUUAUAUUCGUAGUGGUACAAACGGUGUUAUUCAUUGGUUAUAUCAUGUACAGGACUCAGCAAGAAGCAGCUGCCAAAAAAUUCUUUUGACCACCAUUUUCAUAUGUGUACAUCAUGUAUGUAUAUACAAAAUGUCCUUUUGAAGGAAUUUUAAGUAUUUAAAUUGCUUCAUAGUCUAAAUUAUUAAGUUUUUUAUAAAAUAACUGUUUAUUGAUUUGCAGUAAGAAUAACCCUUAAACAAAGACGACUACACAUAAAUUUGUUCAUAGUUCAUAAAUCUGUUUAAAUUUCAGUGAAUUUCUGGUCGGUAGAAUGCAGCCACUGAAAAGAAUAUUGACAAGUAAGAGAGUUAAUAAUGGGGGCAACCCCUGGAUAUGAAUGUUACCCCUAAGUCUCCAAUAUUGGAGGUCUCCUUAUUUAACAUAGAUAUACUUGCCUUCCUGCCUUCCAAAAUGUGAGGUCUAGUUAAGAUUUCCCGUCAUGUUUAUUUUGUAACCAAAGUAUUUUUUUAGAGGUCAUAAUUUCCUAAUCUGAGACCCAGUCCUGCAGUCCGUUAAUCUUAACACAGCUCCGUAUGAAAUCAAAGAAUAUUUUGUCUGGAAGUUUUAAGAUCUAGAUAAUAGGCUUCAGGAUGUUUAUUGAAGUCUUUUUUCCCUCUGAUUAUCAAUGGUAUAUUUCACUUUUAAAGAAAAUUCUUGGGGGAAAUUAAGAGCUGCUUUUUGCCUAUAAAACCAUUUAGAUGAAAACAUUCCUCUGAUAAUGGUUUUUAUGGGUAUUUUGUCUGGUAAUGUAUUCAUUUCAUGAUUGCCUAUAUUCUUGCAUGCCUCUAUUCCCACAGUGUCAGUUCAAUAUUAUGAAAAUGAUUUUCGUAUUUAUAUUUGUAAUUUAAGGAACUUAUUUUUCCCAUUUUGUAUAGCAUGUAAAUUCAGCUCAGAUUGCAUGAUCUGAGGAUGUUUUAAAUUCAAAAAACCUACCACUACAUUCUGGUUUACGUUACUCAUUGCAACCUGGAGUUUGUGACUAUUUGCAUACUCUUUUAAAUUAAGGAGGCUGUAGUUGAAGCAAUUUUAAGAGUUUUGAAGGCAAAAUUUGAAAAAUACAGUGAAUGCUUUUGAUUUCUUCCUUUUUAUGCCAGAACUUAAGGAUAUUGUGAAGCACUUGUUAGUAAAGUUAACCUUCAAGUGUCAGACUGGAAGGGGUUUUUAUAGUCUGUGUACAUAAUUCUAGGUAUUAUAGAAACAGUCUCUAAAUGACAUUUUAAAAUGCAGAUUAAUUUAAUUUUUCGCAGUGGAUGUAGACUUAGUUUUUCUGGCUUCAAAACACUGUUUUAUCUCUUUUAGCUAAAGUGGUUGUCUUUCAUUUGCCAUAGAAUUAAAAACAAUACUGUUCUAUUAAAUAGUACUAUUGAAUUCUUCCAAGCCUUCUUAGGUUUGCUCUCAAAUGUCAUUUACAGAUUGGGCUAAUGACCUAAAAUCUGUACAAAGACUUUAUGAAAAACUCUGCCUUAACAAUACCUUACUCGUCCUGUGUUGGCAAACAGACUUGUGUUGCUUUUUAUGUUAGCAUUUAUUUUAGAACCCUGAAAGAGAAUUUGCUAAUGAUGACUUACUCUGGUUCAGUCACUUCAACAUAGAAAAUGUUUCUUUAGUGUUUUUCCUUUGUAGUGUUAACAUUUUGAAAUUCAUGUUUCAGAGACAUCAUCAUCACAGACUUUACUCUUAUUCCAUGAAAAAAACUUAAUACCUUCAGAAGAAUGUUUAAGUUGUAGACUAUGAAAUUUGGGAAAUCCUCUUGAGAUAAAAGGCUGCCAAAUCCAGUAUUAUAAAGUCCAUGGUCACAUGUGCCUGAACAUUAAAGGAAUACCAGAUCUAUGUAUGCAGUAUACAUUUUUCAGGCUAAAAUUCAAGGGGAAUCGUUCUGGCCAUUCCUAAUACAAGUGGAGACGGCUAUUAAAAAGAGCAUGAACAUGAAUCUUUUUUCUUUUUUACUUAGUAAUUUAAUUUGCUUGAAAACCACUCAGUAAAGCAGUUCACACCAAGUGUUUAUCAUAUUAUUUAAGUUUAGUUUGUUUUCUUUAAAAUCACUGACUUUAAGUAGCUCAUUUCUGAACAAAAAUGUUUGUUUUGUGGAAAAAUCAGUCACUGCCAGGAUUCUUUCAUUUCUGUGCUAUUCUGUAUAAUUGAAUUUGUUCACUUCUCUCACACCAGCAAGUAUUUCAUAGGUGCCUUGGAUUAAAACAAAAUUGAUUUAAAUUUUUAAUGAAAGUCAUUAUGUUUAAGAUGCCACUUUUAAAAAGAAAAUGCAAUUACUUAAUGGUUAAUGCUCUUAUUUAAUGUAGCUAUUUGUGUUCUAAUUGUUUGAAUGUUUUAUUCAGCUUGAAAUUUUACCAUGAAGUUGCAAACAAUAAACAAUAUUUUGUUAUAUAUUAAAGGGAUAUCAGUGUUUCUCAUAGUAUGGUCUGUGGACCAUCUAGGUCAUGGUGUACUUGUUAAGAAUACAGAUGCUGGGGCCCCAUUUCAAACCACCUGAAUCAAAACUCAGGGGUGGGGCUUCAGGAUGUCAGUAUUUAGCAGGCACCUCAGAUGAUUCCAAGCACACUAAUGUUUGAAAACCACUAAGAGGGGAGUGAAAAAAGCAUAGGUGUUUGCUUUGUUGCUUUAAAGCUGAGCUGAGAGCAUAAUAUAAUAUUUUUAUUAUCGAUGACAUGAGCAAAUGUGCACUGAUUCUUUUAUACUUAAACAAUUUAGUUAAUGUUUCUUUAACUAAUACUCGUGGUUCAUUAGCAACUACAGACUAAGUCCAGAUCAUUACCUACAGCUCUUAGUACUUUGGUAAUGGCUUUCAUACUUACAACAUCAUCUUCAGAUCAUGGUCAAGCCAUGAAAACUGCUAUCUUGAAGGCUCUCUGCUAAAGCUUUUUGCUUUCCUGAUUUUGAUUGUGGUGACAUUUUAUUGCAGACAAUUGUACAUUUUGAUAACCUGGGGAAAACAGAAAUUACUUGAAUAAGGGAUUGCCUCCCCACUGCUUUGCAGAGAUGCAAUCUUUGUAAAGAACAUAAAUAACACUUGUGAAUAUUAAGAUGUGAUUAUCUUUCCAUGUGCUUGUUGAAAGGAGAUAGUGAACAAAUGAUUAUAUUGGGGAUUUUUUUUAUUUAUAAGAUCUAGUGUAAAAUCAACACUUGCAACUUUUUAGAUCUGUAUGUUGCCUAUUUAAUAUAUUUCUUUUAUGAUAUCACUUAAAGUUUAAAAGGAUUUUCUAUUCGCUGUCAAUUUCAAUUGGAUAACAUUUUGUCAAGUUUUUUUUCUGAUUGUUACUUGACGCUAGCUGGAAUUCAAGAAAUGACAUUGACCUUAUUCAAAUAAAGAAAUAUUUUAGUAAA